UCCAUCUCCAGUUUUUUGUUAUUUUAGGCGAGCGUUGACAUUUUUGCAGCGCCUUUUAGUUUAUUAUUAUUUUUAACUAAGAAAUUAUGAAGUUCAAUACGAAUUCGUGCUAGCCUUAAUUGAAAAUGCACUUUGGUGUUCUUAUGUAGCCAAUGACAACCGCGAACGUAGAUCAAUACAUUCUGCAAGCACUGCAGACGUGCCUCGUCGGUUUGCGAAAAAGUAGUAAUUAAGGAUUAAGGCCGCGAUUAAGUCUAGCGAGAGCAACUAAAACGAUGCACAUUCGACUGCAUUUAGUGCGCUUUAUGUACAUAAAUCUACUGCUGAGCUGCUGUUUCUGGCUUUACGACAAUGUGGCGGCAGCAGAUGCGCAGGGAAGAGUCCAGGGAGACGCUGCUGGCGGCAGUGGUGAUGGUGUUGUUGCAAAUGGCGGCGGCUUCCACGGAAGUCCGGAUGCAGCUGAAAAAAGGCACACAAAUCCUCGAAGGACGGAGGCGCCACCAAAGCCAGAGCCACCGCCCGCGCCCCCUGACGAAAAAGUGCCCAAAAGUGCAACGGAAGACAGUGGAGAACCUAUUGCCUCCACUGCGGAGUCCGAGACUGGCAGCCAGCCAAGAACUGGGGACACGUCAGUGCCUGUGCCUACGCCCCUGCCCGUGGAGAAACCCUCGCCUCCACAUCGUGUAAAUAGCCAUAGUGAAUAUAUUAGUGAAUUUGAUUUAGCGGCUAAUGAAAUGCCGUCGUCGCUUGACGAGGCAACGGACGCCUCCUCCCCAUCCCCUAGCUCCACCGCCCAAGUGCCAAAUAAUCAAUUAAAUCAUAAUAAUGGCAAUAGUGCCGAGGAAGUGCAUAGUGUUAGUGAAUCGCAGCAAUUAGAGGAACCAAAGCAGCAGAGGCAGCGGCCGCCGGAGGAACAGACGCAACAAUCGCAGGAGCCCCCGCAAGGUCAACAGCAGGCGAAGGAAAGCUUUCCGGAGAUCAUCACUGAGCUGCCAACUGUCACAGUCACAGAGCUGCCUCUGGAUCGCAUCAAGAACCGCCUGGAUUCGGUUAUUCUGGAUGAUGUCCAGGCUCCUGCGAGCAACAAAAGCGACGAGGAGCAGCCGCCUUCACAGGAUCAUCCUCCGAAAUUGCACGAGGCUGCCAAGGAUGAGCCUCAAAAGGAUGAGCAACUGCCGAAGAUAAACGAUCCUGGAGGAGGCCUCGAAACGGAUGGAUUAGCCACCCCAGAAGCUACACCGCCCUUUACCGAUAGCAAUGAGACCAGCGAAGAGCAGGCGCCCGGAUUGCCCUCCAAUGAAACAGAGGCAACAACGAAUCUGACAAAGGCCAACGAGGAGGUGCCCAUGCCCGUGUUUUCAGAGUGGACACAGAAGCAAAUGGAGGCUGAGGCCAGCCGGGAGCAGGCCAUUGAGCUGGAGCAACAGGUGGUGAAUAAUUCGGCCCAGCGUAGGAACAAAACGGGCUCCACGAGCCGGAAGCCACCGACGCUCAAGCUGCGCUCCAAGAACUACGCCUCGCCGGACUGCGGGGCCAAGAUUAUAGCCCACAAUUCGGAGUCCAAGCACACGGACCAUGUGCUCACCCAGUCCACCGAUGAGUACAUGCUGAGCCCGUGCGACCAUCGGAUUUGGUUCGUGGUGGAGCUGUGCGAGGCCAUUCAGGCCCAGAAGGUGGACGUGGCCAACUUUGAGCUCUUCAGCUCCUCGCCCAAAAACUUCACGGUGGCCGUAUCGAAGCGCUUUCCCACCAGGGAGUGGAGUAAUGUGGGUCGCUUUGCGGGCGAGGACAAGCGCACACUUCAGACCUUCGAUCUGCAUCCGCAUCUCUUUGGGAAGUUUGUGCGGGUGGACAUCACCUCGCACUACGCCGCCGAGCAUUACUGCCCCCUUACGCUCUUUAGGGUAUUUGGAACCUCCGAGUACGAGGCUUUCGAGACUGAAAUCCGGCCGGGCGAAGAUCUGGAUGACUUCUACGAUGACUUUGGAGCUCAAGAGGGCCAGAAGGCAACCGUGGUGGGCAGCGGUGGCAUCUUCCAGAGCGCCUCCGAUGCGGUGAUGCAGAUAGUGAAGAAGGCCGCGGAGGUCCUGGUGAAGCCGACAAAGGCUCUGAAGUGGCAAGAAGAAUCGAUGCUCUGCCGCACGCCCGCCUUUGGAGCCUACAGCUGCAGCAACUGCAACAGCACCCUCGUGGAGAGGAUCAACAGCCUGAUAUCCUGCCAGUUCCAGCAGCUACAGGCUCUGCUAAGUCUCAGUCGCUUGAGGACCGAUCUACUGCAGAGUCGCGUGUGCCAAGAAGAUUUCGGCAUUAGCCUAAUGGUGGAUGCGAAUUCAUCGAGCAAAAUGGGCAGGCAGCAAAGCUAUUUCCUCAGCAUGCUGCCGACGGAGCACCUUGGAGCCAUGUGCAAGCUCAUCGAGGCAGAGCAGAAUGUCUCCGAUCACCACCAGCAGACGGCCAUGAAGCACCAGGUCAGUCCGCCCGAGCAGCUGCAGGAUAAUGCCACAUCAUCGGGCGUUCGUCAGGAUUGUGAGGCGAGCGAAGGAGGAAGCCCGGAGAAGAAGACCCCGCCCCAGGAGCCGGCCUCAACGCAAAGCCCGGAGUUUGUGGUGCCUGAGACUAGCCAGGAGAUGCCUUCGUUGGAAAUUCAGCCAUCGACAUCCAGCGAAACUGUUUCCACCACCACCAAUUCCACGCCAGCCGAUGUGAAUAUAUUCAAUGUGCCAGUCGAAGCCGAGGAAGUGGUGGUCAAGGAGCAACUACCAGUUGCCCCAGAGCCCACUAUUCCAACCACCCUGGAGCCCAGCGACGUGGAGACCUCAUCCAGUGCGCCGUCAAUUAGUGCAGGAGCUCAAACCUCCAGCGAAGCGCCGGCCAAUGGCGAUCUUGUCAUCGAGGAGGGAAAUCCUGCCAAUUGGGAGAGCAUUGAUAAUCUCCUGACCACCACCACGGUGGCGUCGAUAACCGCUGGCGGUGGAGCAGCCGCCGCUGCGGCUGCAGUUGUAAGUGGCAACGGCAAUUUGGGUGUGGCGGGCGCUGGGGCUGGAGGCGCAGCAGCUGGAUCUGGCGUAAAUCUGCAGCAGAAGCUGACAAAUGGCGCCCAGUCGGAGAGUGUGUUCAUCAGGCUCUCGAAUCGCAUCAAGGCGCUCGAACGGAACAUGUCGCUGUCGGGACAGUACCUGGAGGAGCUCUCGCGGCGCUACAAGAAGCAGGUGGAGGAGCUGCAGCAAACGCUGACGCAACAGACGCUGACCGUGCGCCAGCUGGAGGACCAGAGUCGGCGCUACGUGGAGCAGGAGCAGCUCUUCCAGCAGCAGAGCGCCGAGCUGGCCGGCGAGGUGCGGGCGCUGAGCUACCAAGUGCAGGCCUGCAUCCUGGUCAUCAUCAUCGUGGGCACCUGUAUUUUUCUUAUGCUUGUCCUGGGCACCGUCUAUUAUCGCAAACUACGACGUCAGCAGCUACACCUGAAAAAGGAGCAAGGCGAUCCACCUGUAGCACCAAUUAAGCCCAAGUUGGAUCGACGCAAGUCCUACGAACAGAUGCUGACCCUAUCCACGCCCAAGCAGCGACGUCCCAGCGAGGAGGCCAUGCUUAUUCUGAAGGAGUGCGGCGAUAGCAACGCCCAGGAGCUGGAGCGGCAGCAGGACGACCCUUCGAACAGACAGCGCAAGAUUUCCGUGUGCUACGGCAGUAACAACAACAUUGCCGCCAAUAUGCUCAGUGCCGGUGUCCGGAGCUCCCUGCACAGGCGCAAGGGGGCCAAGCACUCCUGGCACAGCAGUCUGGACACCACUGAAACACCAUACGGCGAGCAGGCGGACAAGUUCUUCGAUGUGGACACCCUUAAAAGCCAGAAGCAGAGCUCCGGGAAGGCGGGCAAAAAGAAAUCAUUGCAACAGCAGCUGGGCUUCAAGCGUCAGGAGUCUGCGCCGGCGAGCUUCACGCAGACUAAGCUGGCCGAGGAACCCACUACGCAGAGUGACUUUGACGAGAGUCUAAUGCUGGACGACGACGACCUGGCUAACUUUCUGCCCAACAGCGAUUUGGCGUACAAUGAGUUCAUGCCCGAGGGUCCCUCGGGAUACCAGAUACUGGACACGGUGGACGGAGGCGGCAAGCCGGUGAGCAAGGAGCAGCAGGGCACUAAGAAGUCACGUCGCCUCUCCUCGCCAGCGUUUUUCAAAUCGCCAUUUAGCAAGAGCAAGAACAAGGGCUACGCCUUCAAUAAUGGCAUCAAGAACAGCCACUCGGUGCACGAGCCCACCUCCUGGGAGUGGUACCGUCUGAGGCGGAGCGAGAAGCAUCAGCAGGUGAAGCUAGCCAGCAAGAGCCUGCCCAGCGCCAGCUUGGACAGCUCCUCGCUGUCGGAGGUCAAUUUUCCACUCAAUACCAAUGCUACCGCCACGCAGAACUCCUUCCGGAUACUCGGCGAGGCCAUUCUCUCCUCUGGCGAGGGCAGGGUCACGCCGAACGGCAAUGGGGUUGGUCUCGCCAGCAGCAGCAGCGGGAGCGGCAGCGGAGGCAGCACCACCUCGUCAACCACCAAGAAGAAGCAGCGCGCCUUUAACAACCUAUUUCGCAAGGCCUUUGAUUUUUAGCUAGGAUCCAGUGAUUUCCCAUUUGAUAAUUUUAGAUUUUUGUAAUUACGAAGUUCGGUGGCCCCUACAUUGGUGUUGCAAAAUUAAUUCUACAUGUUGUGUACAAAUAAAUUGUUAUUAUUUUU